AUGAAGUCGUUCAAGGCGAACGCGUUGAAGGCGGUGACGGAGGCCACCCAGCAGUCGUUUGUUGCGUCCGGGUUAAAGCUCAUGACCGAGGUGAUCGGCAAUGUGGCGCCUGGUCGGCGUGGGUCGUCGCCGUCGGCCAAUGACGCCGAUCCCGCACAACGAAGGGAGGCCAACAAGCAGGGCCAGAAAAGGGCGGGAGGCGGAGAUGAUGCGGGGAGCGUGAAGCGGAGCAAGGGAGCCGAUGGGAGCCGCGGCGUCGGUGCGGUGGGUCCAGGCGGCUCGCGGACUCGAGGUCCGAGCGUGGUCGACCAGCUCAAGAAGAACGGGGCCAAGGUGAUAAGGUCGCACAGCAAGGGCGAUGGAAUCGGAAGUGCAGAUGGGGGCCCUGCCGACGAGGUUGCCGCUCAAGACGCUGGACCAACAGCCUCGCCCUUGGUCGCCGAGAAGCCCCAUGGUCUGGCGAGCGGCGGGAAAGGCUUGAGCGACAAGGAGAUCCCAACCGCUCAAACGGCGAUAGGUGGCGGCGCCAGAACCGUCGAGGGACCGUCUGUCGGGGUGGCGGGGACCACGUCGAUUCCCCGCCCGUCUGCCGCCAAGGGCGACGCGAAGGAUGCUGCGGCUAACCGUGAUGGUCCGUCCGCCACUAAGGUGCCCGCAGCGGCGAACGCGCUCAGGGAAAUGCUCCACCGCAUGGAGGCCCAUUGCAAGGACGUGCAGCAGCCUCCCUUGGUUGAUGCCGCCCCCGCCGAAACAGCACGUCGCUCGGUCACUCCGCAGGUCGCCGCCACAACGUCCAGUGCCCCACCUACCGCGCCUCUGGUCGCCGCCCGUCCUCCUGCGGACCCAAAGUCCGCAUUGCUUCGCGCCCGGUUCAAUGAUGUUAUCGGCAAGUAUCGAGCGUACAAGAGCUCAGGCGAUGCACACCACGACGCGCUCUUGCCGGCGAUCUGGUUCCCUGUCGAUGCCAUCACGAAGGAAGGCAAGGAGAAGUCGGAUGCUAUGCUGUCGGCCAUGAUAGGUCGCGUGUCCAUGUGCGCUGCGUAUGGGAAGGUCGCUGCGAGCGCGACAAGGAAGGAGGGAGACACGGAUGAGAAGACGGCGAUGGCGGCACAUGCGUUAUCGGCCUCCGCUUGCGCCGUGUGGUGCUUAGUCGAGAACGACGACGCCCAGGUGGUCGACGCUGUGGGCGAAGGGAAGGCGGCGGCGAUGGUGGUCGGUGCGAGCGAGACGACCGCCGGUGUCUUCAAGGAGGUCAUGCAGGCGGUGCUGGAGGCCGAGAUCGACAGGGAGCAACCCCUCGGGGAGGUUGCGCACAAUGUCGCGCCGGCGCUGCAGAGUCGCGCUCUGGAAAGGGUCUAUCCGGGGGUGGAUGUUGAAGUCGAAGCCGACGUGAUCGCUAGAGCGACGGUGGAGAUCAUGGCGUUAUGGGGAAUGUGCCCCGUCGCCGGGCCGAAACUCGAAGAGAUCGGCAUCGCGGUGCCGUGUGACGCGCAGAUGGAGUACGAUAUUGAACACAGGGGGAGGAAGGGGCAGAGGAGCAAGCAGGGCAAGGACAGCACGGGGAAGAAGGGGAAGAAGGGGAAGAAGGGAAGGAAGGGCAAGGACAACACGGCGGCGUAG